AAGGCUUCCUAUCCCACAGCGUCAUUACGUCACUCUGCAUCCGAACAUAGACCAGUCGCAGCCAUUUUACUCCGCGAAAUAAACUUCAAUCUCACAGCUACAGGAAAAAAACAACACACACAAGAUAGCUCCGCUGGCAUUAAUGGAUAUCUCGUUGUGAACCUGGGCUCGGACAGAUCCCGCUUUCAAGCCUGUUAUUCGGUUUGAAUCCAUGGCUUAGCGUAACCAAGAAACUAGCUGGACUUGUCUUUCCUCUUUCCCUAACUGUCCUCUGCUACUACAGGUAGCGGCAAGACAUAUCCAAAGGGACGGUGACCCAAAUCCCUGUUGCUUGCCCGGGACCCUCCCCAAUCGCCUCUUGAGGCAGGAUGGAGCCCCAGGCUUCUCAGGGCCAGCUAGGAGCAGAGGGGGACUGUGGGAUGUUGAGUCUGCUGCUGCCCAGCCCCCAGAGCGAGGCAGUGACCCAUGAGAUGGAGGAGCUGUCGCUGCAGCCCACACAGAAACUGCCUCCGCUCAAUGAACGCAAAAAUGUCCUGCAGUUGCGGCUUCAGCAAAGGCGAACCAGGGAGCAGCUGGUGGAGCAGGGCAUCAUGCCACCUCUGAAGAGCCCGGCAGCCUUCCAUGGGCAGAUUCGCAGCUUGGAGAGAGCCAGGACCGAGAAUUUCCUCAAGCAUAAGAUCCGCAGUCGUCCAGAGAGAGCAGAGUUGGUCAGGAUGCAUAUCCUGCAAGAGACUGGAGCAGAACCCUCACUACAGGCCACCCAGAUGAGACUGAAGAGGGCCCGGCUGGCUGACAACCUGAACGAGAAAAUCGCCCAGAGACCCGGCCCUAUGGAGCUGAUAGAGAAAAACAUCCUGCCGGUGGAUUCCACCCUUAAACAGGCCAUCAUCGUGGGCCAGGUGAAUUAUCCGAAGGUGUUAAAUGAAGACAGCAGCGACGCCCUGUCACCAGAGCAGCCGGCCAGCCAGGAGUCUCAGAGUUCUGUCCCCUCUCCCGCGGAAAGCAAAGUGCCAGAGACGCCCUCUCCAGGCCCAGCACCACCACCACUACCCACCACAAUACUGCAGGCCUUCCCAGUUGCCACACCAGCAACAACAGACUUUGUGAAAGUGAUCUCUACUAAUGAGCCGCCUGCCAGCCGCCCAGCUGUCACGCCCGCACAACCAGUCACCACAGCUGCUCCUUCAAAACCAGCCCCAACACUGGUGAAACAAAGCCAGCAAAGGUCGCCCUCAGAGAAGAACCGCAGUAAGAAGGGGAAAGAGCCUAAGUCCAGGGUGAAAAAGCUCAAGUACCACCAGUAUGUCCCCCCAGACCAGAAGCAGGAGGCCAGUGAAGCACCCAUGGACUCCUCUUAUGCCAGACUACUGCAGCAACAGCAGCUGUUCCUCCAGCUGCAAAUCCUCAGCCAGCAACAGCAGCACUACAACUACCAGACUAUAUUACCAGCACCACUUAAACCUGUGGCCGAGGGUCAAAGCAGCAGUGCCGGAAGCCUGCCGACCUCCAUCAUGGUGUCUCUACCCACUGCACCUCCACCUCCCCCUUUGCCUUCGGCCUCGGCUCGCCCAAACAACUCGCUCACGAACCGCAAGCCAGGAAUCUUGCCUGCCAACCUGGAGGAGAUGAAGGUGGCUGAGCUAAAACUGGAACUAAAGCUGCGUGGCCUCCCUGUGUCAGGAACAAAGACUGAUCUGAUAGAAAGACUGAAGCCUUUCCAGGACAAUCCCAGCACCUCUGCUGCUACCACCAUUCACCCCCCAAACAUUACCACCCUCUCUGUCCCCAUGGAGGUCACCACCAACACUACCACCCCUGCUAUAGUCCUCCCAGUCCAGCAGGUGGCUCCAGAGAACUUGAACUCCACGCCACCGGUCUCACCCAUUCCCACUGAUCCCUCUGCCCGCCAGCAGGAUGUAGGCAUGUCUGAGGCUCCUUCUGAAACACAAAUGGUGAGCUCUGGCUGGGCAGGUCCACGAUCCUCACCUCUCCUGUCUUUCCAUGUCCCGGAGGAAAAGGACAGGAGGCUCCAUGAGAAGGAGCGUCAGAUAGAAGAGUUGAUGAGGAAGCUGGAGCAGGAGCAGAGGCUGGUGGAGGAGCUGAAGAUGCAGCUGGAGGUGGAAAAGAGGACCAGCACCGCUGACUCUUCCUGUGCACCUGCCACAAACCUUGUUCCUACAGUCCUGAACCCAAAUGUAGUAAAAGUGGAGGGUGCAGUCCUGUCAAACUGUUCAUCCACUCCCGCUACAAUCAAUAAUUCUGUCCGGGGCUCCCCCCUCCCAACAGUGGUCAAGUUGGAGGAUGUGACUGUUUCUUCUGGCAAGCCGGUCCACACCCAAACCCAGCUCAUCACCCACAUCCAAUCCCAAGCACAGCCCCAAGUCACCGCCAGCCCACAGUUCCUCCCCCAGUCACAGAGAAGUCCCAAACUCGAGACCCAGCCCCACUCUCAACCCGCAGCCUCCAGCCUGCAGCAGUUCUUUAUCACAGGCGGAGUGUCCCAGGUGCUGAGUCAGCCUCAGACUCUGCUGACCAGGACUGGCCAGGCUGGAACUCAGAUCCUCCUCCCAGUCUCACUACCCAAUAAGGCUACUGCAAUCCAGCUACCAAGCACCACUGUCAGCCUGCAGCCUGUUCUUCAGGCCACGGUCUCAAAUCAAGGUCUGGUCCAGGGCUCAGCUCCUCAGCUGCAAACCACAAAAAUGGAGACGGCACCCAGCCAGCAGUUAGCCAACCACAACCAAUUGCUACAGACUCUGACUUUGUGCAAUAACACCACUGGUUUGGAGAACCAAACUAGGCCUGAGAUGAAUCCCCAGUGUUUCCUGAGAAGCUCCCCAGAGAACAGGGUCUCCCCACGGGCUUCACCCAACCACCACAUCUCCAACGGACCAUUCAAUAAGUCUUCUUCUCCCCAGCCCGCCUUGAUCCUUCAGCCCACCUCCCUUGUUACCCUGCCUCCCAAGAUGAGAGAGCCUCCACGCUAUGAGGAGGCCGUGAAACAGAGUCGCAACAUGCACAUCAACAAUGUUUCACAGGUUCCCACUGCAACCAGCCAGCAAAUGGACGAUUUAUUCGACAUUCUCAUCGAGAGUGGAGAAAUCACUCCAUUUAUCCAGCAGGACCCUUCGGUGUCUCUCACUAAGACCGUCCCGGUCACUGCAAACAUCACCACCCUGCCAGUCAGCACCGCUCUCUCCAGACCACCUCCACAGAUCCAGGUGGCCCCUCCGCCCACCCUGAACCCCCUCAUCGGCCAAAGCCUGCCCAGCCUCUCCUCGCUGGCCACAGACAAUCAGCUGGAGGCCUUUCUGGAGCGAACGCUCGCCGAUACGUCGCCAGUGUCAGACCCGCGCACCCAGGGCCUGAUGGAGGAGCUGCAGGCCCAACUGAUGGAACAGCAACCCUACUCGCCCAUGGACACGUCAGACCUGUCCUUCUGUGAUUCCUCCUCGCCCCCGUCCUCGCUCAACAUGGGCCUGUCUGACCCGGGCCUGGACAAUAUGGAGUGGCUGGACCUCACCAUGCCACCAGGUCCUGGCGGUGCACUCACACCACUGGGGAUCCCAACGGACUUCCUGGAUACACAUGACCUGCAGCUUCAUUGGGACUGACGGAGGGACGGGUGAAAGAAAAAGAACGGUCAAGUCAGCAAAGCAGCUGAGCCAGAAGGGAGGGAGAGAUGGAUGAAAAGGAGAAAGGCACCGAUAGACGCAAAUUUUUCAACAUUUUAAAUAAGGACACAAAAGGAGGAGAAAACAUGGCAUUUCUGUGCCAUAUCAAUCUUACCAGUACGUCCAUACAUCUGUAAUAUUCCUACUAUACUACAGUAAGGGACGCUGUACAGUAGUGCACUGAUUCAAGUUGAACUACAAGCAGGAGUUUGCACAGCUUCAAAAGAGGGCCUACUAUGGCUGAACAGCCAGAAUAACGUCAUAAUGUCUCUAAAGUAAACACAGACACCUGUAGAAUUAGUGAUAAAGAGUUUUUAAACCGACUAGA